AAGGUUGGUAAUGCGACCUGUCUCUCCUUCUCUCUCUCGCCGUUCACUCUCUGUUGUUUGUUUGGAUGUAAAGUUGAGUUGUUGGUUCUAUUUCAUAUUUCACAUAUUUCUAUGAGCCUUUAACCGAAAUGACACACGGGGAGGAGAGAGACGCCUUUACUGGCAUUUACAAAACUAACGACCCAAUACAAAAUUUGAAAAUAAGGGUACAUCUGAGACAUGUGAAGGCUGCUCAUAUUCCUCUGCCUCAAUUUGUUAAUGAAGAUCAAGAGCGUGAUCUUGAUGGAGCUUCAUCUGCAUCAGCUACUGCGUCUGUUACAGUAUCAGGAACCAGCCAAGCUCGUGGGAACAGCUCAGAUGACGAGAUUAAAACAUUUGCUUGGCAAGAAAAAGUUUUCAGCCGUUAUGAGAUUGACCUCUACAACGAUAUUUCCAACUGCCACACUGCCCUUCAAGAACAAUACCACAAGGAAAUAAGAACAAUAACAAGCGUCCAUCGACAGAACUCUCAACAGGACCGCCUGUUUACUUAUGUCCAUAACGAUGAUGUUUCAUCAAUUCAAGAAGAUGAAGAUACACCAACACUCUCCAGUGAGCCACAUCAUAAUCAUUUAGUCAUAGCUAUGAGACAACUUCAGACAAAGCAAAGAUAUGUUCCUAGAAAUAUUUUUAGGAGAGAGAAAAUGAGACGUCGACAGGUUUUGGUUCAAGAAGGCCAGGGAAAUGCUGAGUUUCAUCUUCAGGGACUUCCCCAAGCUGCCUGCCAGAGAAUGUAUAUUAUGGCCGAUCUAAGUUCCUUAAAUGAUGUUGGGGCAAAUGAGUAUGUCUUGUGUGUUGUUCGAUGGAAUGCUGCCAGUGGCUCUUUAUUUGUUUCACCUGAUAUAUGCGGCCCUCCAACAGAAUCUAAACCAUACCGGAUAGAAGUGGAUGGAGAUGCACGUAAUGUAUAUGAAUAUUGGCUUGAGCUUGCCUCUUCUGAUACGAGUGAAGAGGAAAAAGUUAGGGAAGCUGAAUUGAGAUCUAAGGUAUAUCGCCAUCAGUCAGACCUACGAAAGGCUAGAAUUGGUGACGAUUUCUGUGCUUGUCAGAGUGGUACUCUAUCAGUAAAUAUUUUUGGUCAGAUAAAUAUUCUUCAAAAUUUUGAUGACCACAAUCUCUUUAUACAUUACUUCAUAGAUUUGCCUAGAGGUUGGAGUUCUGAUUCUGAAGAAUCUCUCGCUGGCAUAAGUGCAUCAUGUAAGGCAUCUAAUGGCUGUGUCCACCUGGGCCACCCACUGCAGUUUAAUUUGAAGCUUAGUCUAUCUGAGCUGGAAGAUUCUUCCGACGUUGUUCCAAGGUGGCCCCAAUUGAUGUUUGAAGUUCUCUCCAUGGACUGGUGGGGUCGCUUCCGAACCGAGGGUUAUGGAUACGUAACACUGCCCUCAACUGCUGGACAGCACCAUGUCACCACUCACACGUGGAGGCCUAUUGGAAAUUCGCCUGUGAGUGAGUUACGCCGUUUCUUCAUCGGUGGCAACCCAGAACUUGAGGAUAUCACCUAUGUCGGAAUUCCUCAUGAACAUGAGGGACCUCUUCUUGGAAAGUACGGUGUCCAGACUGUCCCCAGUGGAAGUGUUGACACAGUCUUCAAUGUGGUGCUGCAGUCAUCAUCCCCAUCAGGCAGAGCCAUGUCAACAGCACCUUCAGCAUUGCUGGAGCGUCUGAGUGCAGCCACCCUGGUCAGCAGUGUGAACCAGGUCCUUGCGGCCUUCAGAAGAGCACACGAGCGCAUGCUUGCUGCCAAACAAGGGCUGGACCUCAAGGACCUUAACGACCUCAAAGGCACCGCCACAGAGACCGCCACUGACACACAAGAAUCUGUGAUGUGAUAGCCAGCUACGUACAGUUACAUCCUGAGAGUCAUCUUUAUUGAUUCAGUAUUAUGUGUGUGUCUGUUCAACUUAAAGAGCACUAAUUUUGUGUGAUUAGUACUAUGUAUGUAUCUGUUUGUUUGCCUAUACAAGAGCACUGAGUUUGAUGUGAUUUAGUCAGCACAUUUUCUCUAUAAGUGCACCUGAUGCCUGUGAUUUGAUGAAACAUUUGUUUUCAAAACCAUGCCAAAGAUUUUUAAUACCUUGCAAAGUCAAAGUAAAUUUUCUUACACCUUAA